AUGAGAGCCCUUGCCCUCGGCCCGCCUGGCCUGCCUGGCCUGCGGUGGCAGCAUGGCUGUGCAAGUGGCUACUUGGGUGUUUAUGUCCGUUGCCGGUCUCGCGGCAGCCUGGCAGACUGCCUGAUCAGCAGCGGCACCGGCUGCAUGUCCAAGGACAGGCUCACCGUGCAGCAGCUCUUCACCAACGCCAACGGCCUCACCUACAACGACUUCCUGAUUCUCCUAGGAGUCAUAGACUUCAUAGCUGAUGAGGUGGACCUGACCUCAGCCCUGACCCACAGGCUGAAGAUGCCGCUGAUCUCCUUCCCUGUGGACACGACAGAGGCUGACAUGGCAGUCAGGAUGGCUCUAAUGGAAGGUAUUGGUAUCAUUCACCACAACUGCACCCCAGAGUUCCAGGCCAAUGAGGUGCGGAAGGUCAAGAAGUUUGAACAGGGCUUCAUCGCAGACCCCGUGAUGCUGAGCCCCUUGCACACCGUGAGUUAUGUGCUGGAGGCCAAGAUGCGGCAUGGCUUCUCUGGUAUCCUCACUGAGACGGGCACCAUGGGCAGCAAGCUGGUGGGCAUCGUCACCUCCCGAGAUGUCGAGGGACAUCUUGCUGAGAGGGACCACACCACCUUCCUCAGUGAGGUAAUGACGCCAAGGAUGAAACUGGUGGUGGCUCCAGCAGGCAUGAUGUUGAAAGAGGCAAAUGAGAUCCUGCAGUGUAGCAAGAAAGGGAAGCUGCCUAUCGUCAGUGAUCGUGAUGAGCUGGUGGCCAUCAUUGCCCGCACCGACCUGAAGAAGAAUCGAGACUACCCUCUGACCUCCAAGGAUUCCCACAAGCUGCUGCUGUGGGGGGCAGCUGUGGACACCCGUGAGGAUGACAAAUACUGCCUGGACCUGCUCACCCAAGCGGGCGUCAACGUCAUAGUCUUGGACUCGUCCCAAGGGAACUCAGUGUAUCAGAUCACCAUGGUGCAUUACAUCAAGCAGAAGUACCCCCACUUCCAGGUGAUUAGGGGGAACGUGGUGACAGCAGCCCAGGCCAAGAACCUGAUUGAUGCUGGUAUGGACGGGCUGUGCCUGGGCAUGGGCUACGGCUCCAUCUGCAUCACCCAGGAAGUGAUGGCCUGCAGUUGGCCCCAGGGCACUGCUAUGUACAAGGUGGCCGAGUAUGCCCAGUGCUUUGGUGUGCCCAUCAUAGCCGAUGGUGGCAUCUUGACCAUGGGGCAUGUGGUCAAAGCCCUGGCCCUUGGAGCCUCCGCAGUUAUCAUGGGCUCCCUGCUGGCCACCACCAUGGAGGCACCCGGCGAGUACUUCUCAGACGGGGUGCAGCUCAAGAAGUACCAGGGCAUGGGCUCACUGGAUGCUAUGGAGAAGAGCAGCAGCAGCCAGAAACAAUACUUCAGCAAGGGGGAUAAGGUAAAGAUCGCACAGAGUGUCUUGGGCUCCAUCAAGGACAAAGGGUCCAUUCAGAAGUUCGAGCCCUGUCUCAUAGUGGGCAUCCAGCAUGGCUGCCAGGAUAUCAGGGCCCACAGCCUGAUGUACUCAGGACACCUCAAGUUUGAGAAGCGGACCAUGUCAUUCCAGAUUGAGGGUGGUGUCCAUGGUCUGCACUCUUACGAGAAGCAGCUAUACUGA